CUGAAUGCAAAUGGGAUAUGGAUGAAAAAGAAUUCUAUUGCAUGAGUGAAUUUGCAGUGAAUGGAAUCGUCCAUGACGUAGAAGUGCUUGGUGAAGGCGUCCAGCUGGUCUCUCUGCUGGUCAACAGUCACGGGCUGUACAAGACUAACCGCCUCUAUGUCACCCCAGACGGCUUCUUUUUCCGAGUUCAUGUGCUCGCAUUGGAUUCCUCCAGCUGCAAUAAGCCAUAUCCAGAUUUUAAAUUUGGCAGCAGGUAUAUAGUCAUGGGUCACAUCUACCACAAGAGACGGCAGCUCUCCACAGCUUUGCUGCGGGUCUUACAAGGGCGCCUGAGGCCUGGAGAUGGAUUGCUCAGGAGUAGCAGCAGUUAUGUGAAAAGAUUUAACCGCAAAAGGGAUGAGAAAAUCCAAAGGGCAGCUCAUACCAAGUGUAUCUGA